GGACCCCGUUUAGAUCCUGGACAGGACACGGCGGCCGGAUUCAGGAAGCCAUGCCUCAGGCCGGCAGGCGCCCACGGCCGACGGCGGGAUCCGCUCAGCAUGUGCACGCGGCCGAGCCAUGACCUGCCGGGGCAAGCCGGGGCCCCUCACCCAGCGGCUCGCCUGCUCCCUGGGCGGCCCGCGGCUGCGCCAGCUCUGCGGCGGCCGGCGGCCCCGGAGCCGGCGGAACCUCCUGCUGGGCACGGCCUGCGCCAUCUACCUGGGCUUCCUGGUGAGCCAGGUGGGGCGCGCCUCCACGCCGCCGCCGGGGCCGGGGCCGGGGCCGGGGCAGGCAGCCGCCGGGCGGCCGCCUCGCAGCAGCCGUGACACCGCCCGGGGGGCGCCCUUCCCCGAGAUCCCCCUCGAUGGCACGCUGGCCCCGCCGGAGGAGGCCCGGGACAACGGGAGCACCGUGCAGCCCAACGUGGUGUACAUCACCCUGCGCUCCCGGCGCAGCAAGCCCGCCCACAUCCGCGGCACCGUGAGGCCCAAGCGCAGGAAGAAGCACGCCGCGGGCCUCGCGCGCGACGCCUGGCUCCGACCGCCGUCCCCGCCGCCCCAGGAAGCUGCCCCGCGGGCGGCCUAUGCCGCCGCCGCCGCCGCCGUGCCCGGCUCGGCCCGGGAAGCUCGCCCCGCCGAGGCCGGGGAGGGCGGCGAGAGCCACAUCAGGAUGUACAGCGGGCGCGCCCCCGCGUGGCUGAGCAGAGACGACCUCCGCGCCAUGCGCCUGCUGGCCGACGGCGCGGCGGCCGGCCUCCAGCCCCGGGCCUCCCCGGGCGGGCCCCCGCGCCUGCUGCUGCUGCUGGGGGCCGGCGCCCCGGCCGCCGCGGGCGCCCCCUGCGGGCCGCGCCCCUGCGCGCUGCUCAAGCAGCCGCUCGACACCAGCGAGGUGUUCGCCUUCCACCUGGACAGGAUCCUGGGGCUCAACAGGACCCUGCCGUCGGUGAGCAGGAAGGCCGAGUUCAUCCAAGGUGGCCACCCAUGUCCUGCUAUUUUCUGGGACCCCUCUUUAGCUCCAGCAAGCAACGACACCCAUUCUUCAGUUAAGCUCACCUGGGGGAUUUAUCAACGAUUGUUGAAACAGAACUGCUGGCUGAAUGGCCGGGUCCCCAAGCCGGAGUGGGGCUGUACUGAAGUCCAUCACUAUGAGUGGUCCAAGAUGGCUCUCUUUGAUUUUUUGUUACAGAUUUAUAAUCGCUUAGAUACAAAUUGCUGUGGAUUCCGACCACGGAAGGAAGAUACCUGUGUGCAGAAUGGAUUGAAACCAAACUGUGGUGACCCCAGUUCUGUGCCUCUAGCCCACAUUGUCCAGCGAACACACGACCCAAGGCAUUUGGUCUUUAUAGACAAUAAGGGUUUCUUUGACAGAAGUGAAGAUAACUUAAACUUCAAAUUGUUGGAAGGCAUCAAAGAGUUUCCCGAGUCUGCAGUUUCUGUUUUGAAGAGCCAGCACUUACGGCAGAAACUCCUUCAGUCUCUGUUUCUUGAUAAGGUGUACUGGGAAAGUCAAGGAGGUAGACAAGGAAUUGAGAAGCUCAUCGAUGUGAUAGAACAGAGAGCCCGAAUUCUUCUCACCUACAUCAAUGCACAUGGGGUCAAAGUAGUGCCUAUGAAUGAAUGACAGAAGAGCUUCUGGCUAGGUAGUUUGUGUUUUUAAUGAAGUACACAAACUUCAAGUCAUUCUGGGAAUGAGGUGGUAUAGAUAAAUACAUAAAAUUAAUUUGAGCAAGUAGACAGACCUGCAUGCUGUAUGCAGUGUUAAAAAGGGUUCUAGAAAAGGUACUGUUAACAAAUCCUUGUUUAUAUUGCUAUUUAAAGUCAUAACACGUGUGUCUUAAUGUCUUUCUUACAGGAAUAGUCCCAACUGUUAUUCUAACAAACUUUUAAAGUGUUUGUCUUGGUAUUUGCUAUAUCAGUAUAAACCAGAGGUAUCCACUCCUUCAUAUCAUAUUUUAUACUAUGUUAAUGGAUUUGACCAACUAAUGGAAAAUGUUUAUUGAUAUUCUCCUAUUGCUGUUUGUUAUACUAGCAGUCCCACACUGCCCAGUGAUAAUUCUACAUCAAAGAAAUGAGGCACAUAAUGUGGAAAAGAUCCGUGUCUCUAAAAUGUACUCUAAAUAAAAAUGUCAGAUUAAUUGCAAAACCACCAGUAUAUUUUCUAUAGUGAAUAAGGAAUCAGUGGUCAGAAUGAUAUGCUCCAUUCCUUCUUUGAAAUAGAAAUAUCCACAACUAACAAUUUAUAUGGGCUAAUUUUGCUGCCUUGGUUUUGAUCCAGUUUAUGUCUAGUGAUUUAUAAAUAAAGCAAUUCUACGUUACCAAACUACCUAUUUGCAAAUAUAUUCCAGAGAAUACCCUUUAAAUGGAUGCCAUAAUUUUUGCCAUUUAAAAAAAUAUAUUUUAAUUUCUAUAUUUUAUCAAUUGCAUUGGAUUUCUGCUCUGCAUAAUUAUAUUUAAUUGAUAUUGCCCUACUAUUGACAUUAGGUACAGAUAUUGAAUAUAUUUAAAUAAAUUUUUAUCUUAUUCCAAUGUGAGAUGCACAAACAAAACAAAUUAAAACUUAAUUCUGAUCAAGUCUCCUCAAUCAGAGCAUAUAUUUAGAAACAAAACAAUAAAUUUGACAAUAUUAGUCCUCAAUAAUUUUUACCAAACUUCCCCUACCAAAGUUUUAACGAGAUUGGUAGGGUUUGGACAUAUUGUUUUCAUGUGUUGGGGUCUUUAUGUCUCUGUGGGAUAUCCAAGGUCAUCGUAUCACAGGUGCUCACAAGUUUUCAUCUAGAAUAAACCAUCAUUUCCUUCCUUUCAUCACUUGACAUAUCCCUUCUUUAAAGACUGAUUUUCUGGUGGAGUCUGGUGGUACAUGCCUGUAAUCCCAGCACUUGCCAAGCCAAGGCAGGUCAAGACGAUGGCAUUCCUGUCCCACUUUGCCUCCAAAAUGUUUCUCCAACCUUUUCAUUCUUUGAGUGUCUAACAAGGACAAAUGACAAUUAUUGCUUUAUAAAACAUUCCAUCCUCUCUUUAUAGUUUUGUUAUUGUUGAAGUAGAUUAUUACUGAAAGUGUUUACCACAGAGUAUUUUCCUCGUUUUGAACAAGGAUAACUAAACGUCGACGUGAAUUUAUGCUAUCAAUGACAUUACAAUACGACUGAGCUGGAAUUAAAAGAAAGAUGGAUCUAUUGAUUCUAAUUUAAUUUAUACUAACACACAUAUACAUAUAUAUAUAUAUAUAUGUAUGUAUAUGAUCACUUGCCCAAAUAAUGUUUGCUACAAGAGAAGACCAAAGAGAAGGAUCAUUUGGUCAUGGCUCACAUAGCUUCACAUUCAAGAAUUUCACUUGGUAUCUCUUUUUUCUCUUACCCUUGGAAAAGUGACCUUUGGGGCAUUUUCUUCUUCAAAUUCCCCAUGACAGCCUUAAGUUCCUCCUUCUGCUCCCACAGAUUCACGGUGAUGGGUGGCUACUACCACCAAUGUCUCUGGGCUGUCUCUCAUAAAUCCUCUUCUUAAUGCAAAACAGCAGAAUAAAGGUUUGGAAACCCAAGUUCUCCUUUGAGCUGCUGACUUGAACUAACUUUUUUGGCAAGUUUCCUUGUGCCUUGUGUAAUCAAGGUGACAUAUUUGCAUUGAAUAGGCUAUUUUUAGGAAUCAUUAUCUUAAUCCAAGUUUGUGCUCCCAGUGCUGGAACUCCAAGCUCCUUAGAAGCCAGUUUGAGUGGAGUCUUCAGCUUCUCCACUUCUGACCAUCCUGGUUUCUCCACAUGUUGCUUUCCUGUAUUUCCCGCCAGUUAUUCAAAGCGCUGAAUGGUAAAUAAAAGAUUCAGGGACCCAUGUUUAUUUUAGUUGCACUCACCUUGAAACAAUGUAUUUUGUUUUGUAAUAAAUGAAAAUUCAUGCUAUAUUAUUUUUGUAUAACUGAUAAUUGAAGUCUAAACAUUAAUUCUAGUAUGUAAUACUUUCUGAUAUUAAAAGAGUGAAUAUAUUUGUGGAUUUCUAAAGAAUAAUUUGGUUCACAUAAACACACAGAACUUACCCCUGUCUCUGACUUGUUUUCUUAAAGUGGAUGCUAAGAAAAUAAAUAUGAUGUUUUAAGGUUAAAAAUCUGUAAUAAAAUGGUAGAAAUGAAAGGUGUGUGCCUUUUUAAAUAGAUGGGUUCUUUUUUAUUUUGUAUAUGAGUUAGUUUUCAAAAAUCAAAUAUGGGAGGAGGUAUUAGUCUUCAUUCACAGAGAAGGGAGUAGUCAAGAGUUCCACUGGGUUGUGUUUGUGCAUAUUUUGAUCUAUCAAGUAUGUUCACAUAGGUGGUAUCAUGCAGUCAGUAUGCAAAGGAGUUAGCAGACACCUUACAUCCUAAAAUGAGAUUUCAUUUGUGGCUCACUUUCUUUAGCAUGAAGCUUAAAGUAUUUUUAAAGAUUUUUGUAAAAAUUUAUAAUUUUACAACUAGUAGGCACUUGUAGAUGUCUAAUAAAUCUUUAAAUUUAUCCUUAGAAUAUUUACAAACUCUAGAUUUGUUUAAUAGCCUGCAUUCAACUGUAUCUUUAAGUAUGCAUUGUAUUGCAUUUAAUGAAUAAGAUAUUUAGAUACAGAUUUAUUUCUACAUUGUUAGGAAAUUCUAACACAAAAUGAAUAAGAGUUACAGUUAGAGUGCUAUCCUAAAAUAUAUGGAAAUUGUAUGUGUAUCCUAUAAAAGCAAUAAUGAUCUUUUUCUAAAAAUUAAAUAGUCUGAUCAAGAAUCAAGCUAGGUGAUGUUUAGCUACUCAGGAGGUUGAUGGAGGGACAUCACUUCAGCCAGCUGGAGGUGAG